CGAUACGCUAGAUAGCGCCAAAGUACUUGUUUUGCGACCUGCGGAUUCACGCGAAGAAGAAAACAAGUCGAAGAAGAAUAGCGCCGACUUCCGCCCGACCAGAAGUCAACCAUGGCAGAAGAAGAACCCAAAAAAGUCAUCAAGUUAGUACCCGAGUAUCUCCUGAAAAAGAGGAAAGCAUACCAGGCCAUUAAAGCGACACAAGCCAAGCUUGCACUACAAGAAAAGAGAAAGGUCUGUAAAGGCAAACCCAUAAAGUUCAAGCGACUGGAAGACUUCUUGAAGGACAGCCACAGGAAACGUCGUGAUGAAAAUCGGUUAUGGCGCCUUCGUCACAAGGCACCCGACCCACUACCUCCUGCAAAACACAAAUUAGCCUUUGCUGUUCGUAUUAGAGAAAUUAAAGGUGUCAGUUCCAAAGUGAUGAAGGUGAUCCAAAUGCUGAGGCUCAGGAAAAUCUUCAGUGGAACCUUUGUCAAAAUCUGCAAAACCUCUCUCAACAUGUUGAAGAUAGUUGAGCCCUAUGUGGCCUGGGGAUACCCAAACCUCAAGUCUGUUCGGGAGCUCAUUCUGAAGCGGGGACAGACCAAGGUUGGCAAGAAGGCGGUUCCUCUAACAGAUAACACCUUCAUUGAACAACACAUGGGCAAACACGGCAUCAUCUGUUUGGAGGACUUGAUACAUGAGAUCUACUCAGUUGGACGGGCCUUCCGGGAAUCCAACAAUUUCCUGAUGCCUUUCAGGCUGUCAGUGGCCCGUCACGCUGCCAAAGACAAGGCUGGGCUCCUCAAGGACCUGGGAAACCCUGGAUUUCGUGGCACGGACAUUAACACCAUCAUCAGGCAACAGAACUGAGGAAAAAUACACAAGAGGAUGUUGAACAUCAACUUAAAAAUGAGGCCUUACUCAUCUACUCAAGUCAAUGCCCCCCCCAUUCAUUCAUGGUUGAAACUACAUCUUACUGGCCUUCACAGACUAGACUUUGAGGUGAUGUUCAUAAAUGCUAUGUGAAAAGACAUUGAGCGUAAUUUUGUUGGGUGGUUGUACAUCCAAGUGGUCCAUCAUCAGGACAGUUUCCUCAGCAUAUUUAAACGUAGAUGAAUGAGA